AUGGUGUUUGCGACCACUGAGUAUAGAUAUUACAAUUUUGGAGCAAAAGUAAACCUUAGCAUUUGGGAACCAGAAGUUUCACCCACUCAGUUCAGUUCUGAGAGUCUGCUUAUGGCAGAUGGCUCUAAAGAACAGUUUCAAGGCAUUAGAGCUGGAUGGAUAGCAGAUGGAUUUAUUAAAACAGGUUGCUACAAUUUGUUAUGUCCUGGUUUUGUACAAGUGAGCAAGAGGAUCCCACUCGACAUCCUUCUUCAACAUGUUUCUACUUAUGGUGGCGAAAUAUUUGACGUAGGGAUCAGCAUCUAUAAGGAGGGAAACACAAGAAAUUGGUGGUUGGUGGUGUACGAUGAAAAAGUUGGAUACUGGCCAAACUCAUUGUUCACACAAGCAGGCUUAGCCCAUGGAGCAAGUUUGUUAUCAUAUGGAGGAGAAGUAUACAGUCCAGUGAACGAGAAGGCUACAAGCAUGGGAAGUGGCCAUUUUCCGAGUGAAGGUUACAAGAAGGCAGCCUAUGUGAAUGGUUUGCGAGUGGUCAAUAACCAUGGAGAUCUCGUAUUUUGGAAGCCACUUUUUCAUGUAACGUUAUUCUCAAGCAACCCAAAUUGUUACAAAGUAAAAAAGAAACGAGGCCGUCAUAGUGAAGUUUGGGAAGAAGCAGUAGCUCUAAUUUUAGUUGCCGAGGGUCACAGAAAAAUACUAUUGGAAGAGGAUGAAAAAGAGCUGGAGAGAUUACUCAACUAUAUCAAUAAACCUGCAAUCAAGAGCUUCCAGACUGAACAUGGUGACAUAUUGGACUGCAUCGACAUUCAUAAGCAGCUAGCCUUUGAUCAUCCUCUGCUCAAGAACCAUACCAUUCAGUUGCGGCCUACAACUAUACCUAAAUGGACCAUAAAUAAUUCUCAAAAAGGUGGUUCCCUGCCGUUUCUACAAGAUGGGAUAAGUUGUCCAAAUGGGACAGUGGUUGUCAAGAGAACCACACAUGAAGAUCUUAUACAAGCUCAGCGCUUGAAAUCCAUGGGGUUCAACUAUGCAAGAUAUGUUUCUUCAGAGGGCACGAACAUAGAUUUAACUGGUUUUCAUUUUUCCGUGGGAGAGUACAAAUAUACCCAUUAUGGAGCAAAAGGAAACCUUAACUUAUGGGAACCAGAAGUUUCACCUACUCAGUUCAGUGCUGCAAGUAUGCUUAUCGCUAAAGGCGCUAAAGAAAAGUUUCAAUGCAUUAGAGCUGGAUGGAUAGUGUACCAAUGGCUGAACCGGAACCACACUCGCCUAUAUACCUACUGGACUGCCGAUGGAUUUACCAAGACAGGUUGCUACAAUUUGCUAUGUCCUGGUUUUGUGCAAGUGAGCACUAAAAUCCCUCUCGGUUUCCUUCUUCAACCAGUUUCUACCUAUGGUGGCCAACAAUAUGAAUUAGAGAUCAGCAUCUAUGAGGUAGCACUAGCUUCCUCAAACUCGGAUCAUUUGAAAGUUUAUGUCCCAUACCAAAACUUGAGUCCCCAUGAUGGCAAAACAGAAGAUUGGUGGUUGGUGGUGUUUGGGGAACAUGUUGGAUACUGGCCAAACUCACUGUUCACAGAAGGAGGAUUAUCCCAUGGAGCAAGUUUGGCAUCAUAUGGAGGAGAAGUAUACAGUCCACUGAACGAGAAGACUCCAAGCAUGGGAAGUGGGCAUUUCCCGAGUGAAGGUUACCAUAAGGCAGCCUAUGUGAAUGGUAUUGAAGUGGUCUAUGAUAUUGGGGGCACAGCUUCGAGGCCACCAUUGUAUACUAUAAAGACAUCCUCAAGUACACCAAAUUGUUACAUAUCAGAAAUGAAACCAAAUACUCCUGAAGUUUGGUUAGACGCUCUCUUCUAUGGAGGACCAGGGGUCAAUGAAGCAGCUCAGGAUCGCAGGGCAAUACUAUCGGAAGAAGAGAAGAAGAAGAUGCAACUAAAAGCUAUCAACAAACCUGCGAUCAAGAGUUUUAAGACAGAAAAUGGUGAUAUAUUCGAUUGUAUCGACAUUCACAAACAACUAGCCUUUGAUCAUCCUCUGCUCAAAAACCACUCUGUUCAGUUGCCGAGAGUCACAGAAAAAUACUAUUGGAAGAGGAUGAAAAAGAGCUGGAGAGAUUACUCAACUAUAUCAAUAAAUCUGCAAUCAAGAGCUUCCAGGUUUUGGCUUGUUUAUGCGACAAGAAUCACUUUUAUUUUCAGAUUGCCUCAAACAGAACAUGGUGACAUAUUGGACUGCAUCUACAUUCAUAAGCAGCUAGCCUUUGAUCAUCCUCUGCUCAAUAACCAUACUAUUCAGUUGCGGCCUACAACUAUACCUAAAUGGACCAUAAACAACCACAACAAUUCUCAAAAAGGUGGUUCCCUACCGUUUCUACAAGAUGGGAUAAGUUGUCCAAAUGGGACAGUGGCUGUCAAGAGAACCACACAUGAAGAUCUUAUACAAGAUCAGCGCUUGAAAUCCAUGGGGUUCAACUAUGCAAAAUAUGUUUCUUCAGAGAGCAGGAACAUAGAUUUAACUGGUUUUCAUUUUGCCGUGGGAGAGUACAAAUAUCACCAUUAUGGAGCAAAAGGAAACCUUAACGUAUGGGAACCAGAAGUUUCACCUACUCAGUUCAGUGCUGCAAGUAUGCUUAUCGCUAAAGGUGCUAUUGAAGACUUUCAAUGCGUUAGAGCUGGAUGGAUAGUGUACCAAUGGCUGAACCGGAACCACACUCGCCUAUAUACCUAUUGGACUGCCGAUGGAUUUACCAAGACAGGUUGCUACAAUUUGCUAUGUCCUGGUUUUGUGCAAGUGAGCACUAAAAUCCCUCUCGGUUUCCUUCUUCAACCAGUUUCUACCUAUGGUGGCCAACAAUAUGAAUUGGGGAUCAGCAUCUAUAAGGUAGCACUGGCUUCCUCAAACUCGGAUCAUUUGAAAGUUUAUGUCCUAUACCAAAACUUGAGGCUCCAUGAUGGCAAAACAGGAGAUUGGUGGUUAGUGGUGUUUGAGGAACAUGUUGGAUACUGGCCAAACUCACUGUUCACAGAAGGAGGAUUAUCCCAUGUAGCAACUUUGGCAUCAUAUGGAGGAGAAGUAUACAGUCCACUGAAGGAGAAGACUCCAAGCAUGGGAAGUGGGCAUUUCCCGAGUGAAGGUUACACGAAGGCAGCCUAUGUGAAUGGUAUCGAAGUGGUCGAUGAUAUUGGGGGCACAGCUUCGAGGCCACCAAUGUUUACUGUAAAGACAUCCUCAAGCACCCCAAAGUGUUACAAAUCAGAAAAGAAACCAGGUACUCUUGAAGUUUGGUACGACGCUUUCUUCUAUGGAGGACCAGGAGGUUGCACAUCCUAGUUAGCUGUGUUUAAGAUCUCUCCUCAUUAAGUAUCCUCAGUUUAUGUUAAAAACAUAAAACAUAUGCUCGUGAAGCUUGGUUUGUGAAAAUUAUCAGAGCUACAAGAAUGUUUAACUGGGAUUAAUUAAAUGAAGAAUUGAAUUAUGUUGGAAAAU